CCUUUUUUUCUACCUCCGUCAAUUUGCCACAGCAAGUCUAGGUCAUUGACGUGGUAUCAAUACUGUGUCAUCCCAGAUAUCAUCUCAGGUCUGACGUAAUUUUUUAAAGAUUUAAUAGCACACUAGAUCAAUUUUACUUUAUAUAAAUAAUAUUUUCUUUUUUUCUUUAAAUGAUUCUUUAUCUGUUUAAAUGGCUCUGUUCACUGCGCAUGUGCAAACAAACGCGACCUUGCUGAUCACUGGUUUCGAUUUGAAGUGUUGGCACUUUGGCAGUACUCGAUUACUCUCAAUCGACUGUUGACAAUUCGAAACUAAACGUCACUUUUAACGCGAUUGAACAUGGAUGUGUCCAAAUCAAGUAAAUUGUACCUUCGUCAAUUCAUGCUUGAUUACUUUCAUGUGCACAAAAGUGCUGCAGAAGCACAUAAACUCAUUUGUGACGGGUUUGGAGAGAAUAUUGUGUCCCUUAGUGACUGUGAGACAUGGUUUAACAGAUUUGACUCAAGUGAUAAAGAUAUCUCGCAACGUAGGGUAAAGAUCGACGAAUUGAAAGCAAUAUGCAAAGAAAACCCACACCUAACACAAGAAGAGCUAGCAAAACGGCUUGGAACUAGUAAAUCGACAAUAGAGAGAUAUUUGAAGAAAAUAAAUGAGGUAGAGGAGAAAGAAAAACAAGUUGAUAAACAGGUGGAUAGAGUUUUUCUUGUCCAAUUAAUGCUUGAUUACUUUCACAACCACAAAAGUGCUGCAGAAGCUCAAAGACUGAUUUGUGAAGAGUAUGGAGAGAAUAUUGUGUCUCUUAGUAACUGUGAGAGAUGGUUUAACAGAUUUGACUCAGGUGAUGAAAAUAUCUCGAAACGUAGGGUAAAGAUCGAAGAAUUGAAAGAAAUACGCCAAAGAAACCUAAAACUAACACAAGAAGAGCUAGCAAAACGGCUUGGAACUAGUAAAUCGACAAUAGAGAGAUAUUUGAAGAAAAUAAAUGAGGUAGAGGAGAAAGAAAAACAAGUUGAUAAACAGGUGGAUAGAGUUUUUCUUGUCCAAUUAAUGCUUGAUUACUUUCACAACGACAAAAAUGCUGCAGAAGCUCAAAGACUGAUUUGUGAAGAGUAUGGAGAGAAUAUUGUGUCUCUUAGUAACUGUGAGAGAUGGUUUAACAGGUUUGACUCAGGUGAUGAAAAUAUCUCGAAACGUAGGGUAAAGAUCGACGAAUUGAAAGCAAUAUGCAAAGAAAACCCACACCUAACACAAGUAGAGCUAGCAGAACGGCUUGGAACUAGUAGAUCGACAAUAAAGAGAUAUUUGAGGAAUAUAAAAGAGGAAGAGAAAGAAAAACAAGUUGAUAAACAGGUGGAUAGAGGUUUUCUUGACCAUGAAUUAAUGCUUGAUUACUUUCAUAAAGACGGAAGUGCUAAAGAUGCUCAAAGACUGAUUUGCGAAGAGUAUGGAGAGACUAUUGUGUCUCUUAGUGACUGUGAGAGAUGGUUUAACAGCUUUUGCUCAGAUGAUUUAGAUAUUCUACAUGUCUCGCUACGUAGGAUGGAGAUCGAAGAAUUGAAAGCAAUGCGCAAGGCAAACCCACACCUAACACAAGUAGAGCUAGCUGAACGACUUGGAAUUAGUCAAUCCUCAAUACGCGACUAUUUGAAGGAAAUGAGAGAGAUGGAGGAGUAAGGAAGACAAUUUGAUAAAGGUGAAUAGUUACAGCGAUCUCGGAUAUGGACAAUGAAGAUUAACUCUCGAUGCGCGCGCGUGACAAAAGUGCAGCUUUCUGUGCUUGCCUACUACUACGCGAGCUUCCUUUUUACUCGAAGACUUGCAACAUUUGCUAGUAAUGUUUGAAUAUAUAUUUGUUGGCGUAAUAUAAGUUUUGUAACAUUUGUAUAUAAGUGUUAAAAGAAUCUACAGUCUUUACUAUUUAUUAUAAUACAUGAUUAAUUAAUAAUUGAUUAAUAAGCAUAUAUUUGUUGUCAGUUUUAGUCGUCCGUUUCUCCGAAUAUACUAGUUAUUUAUACUAUUUGAUACGCGUAUUAAACAAUCGGCGUAAACCAUAGGCCAUUAUUUGCGUGCCGUGACGUAUCAAUAUUAGAUAAAUUUUCGCUAUUAGCAAUAGACAAAUAUUAUUUAACAUUUGCGUUUUUAUUGCAAAAAUACGCUUUCCACAUUCAUUGUCAUUCGAUUUAUGUAAAAAUAGAAAUAAAUAGAACAGAAGAAAAAUC